GUAUCAUCUCGGGCGUGGUACAUGGCAGACGUACGCCGCGAAGUCCCCUGGAUUUAUUCCAGACACCAAAGUGCCACCAGAAACUAGUGCGGUCCACGCUUGGUUUUCGGAGUGAAUUGUCGCCAUUAGUCCGCCUCGAUUGGAGUAGUUCUGGUUGGUUCUUGGAAAAUUGGUUCGCUGAUACGAAAGUGUGUGAUUGUAGCGCGGUGUUUGUGAUAAAACACGAUCGAAUCCGGUUUCGGCCAACGUCCAUUUCGACCACCACCCGAUAUCGCAAUGGUUCGAAGUUUGUGGGUUUUUCUGUUCGCGUCCCUAGCCCUGGUGGGAUGUAUUAGCGGCGAGCCCAUCGCCAUCGAGCAGAUACUGUCCCUGUGCUGCCAGGAGGGCGAAGAGUGGGGCCUCCAGAGCCGGCUGUGCUCGAGCUACAACAAAUCACUGGAGCUGGUCCCGGCCGGUCUGCACGGGCUGUGCCUGUCUACCAUCGAGAUAUGCUGCUCGAAGCAGCACAAGAUCUACCAGUGCACGGCCGGGCAGAUUGCGGCCAAACAGGGGCUCAGCUGCUCGCUCAAGGGGGACCACUCGGGGUCGGAGUUUUACACGGACUGCUGCGAGGCGUGCAAGAUAGGGCUUGUGGUCGGGUCGAGUGGGAACAAGUGCUCGGUGGACCCGUUCGCCUUCGGGAGCCCCUGGGACGAGAUCUACGAUGGGUGCUGCAAUGACAUCAAGAAAGAAGGUGAAGUAAUCCUUCUCGGGGCGCAUGAUGAGCGAGGCCUGUGCGAACAGUUUCCGUCCGUGUGCUCGCAACUGUGCGAGAACACUGCGGACGGCUCGUAUGUGUGCAAGUGUCACCCGGGCUUCAAGCUGGAAGCGGAUCGGAGUACGUGUGCUCAAAUUUCGGACGAAGAUAAUGAAGCGCUGGUCAGAAAGGGCUGCGGCCGGGGUUACAGCAGGAAAGCGCGCACGAACGAGUGCGAGGACGUGAACGAGUGCGAAACCGGCGAGGCCACGUGCAACGUCGAGAGCCAGGUUUGUCGGAACACGCGCGGUAGCUACCAGUGCGUGGACGUGCUGCCCCCGGAUAUUGCCUGCGACCCUGGCUAUCAGCCGAAGAACGGCAAAUGCGAAGAUAUCGACGAGUGCAGAGAGGAGGCCGCGUGUGACGAAGGCUAUCAGUGUGUCAACAUCCGGGGGUCCUACGAGUGUAUAGCUGUGGUGGCGAACUAUCCCAUCACCCCGCAGCGGAAGAAGGUGGAACCAUGUACCCCGGGCUUCCGGAGACAUAAUGAGCAGUGUGUCGAUAUCGACGAGUGUGCGGCCGACAAGAACGCCUGCGACAGCAAUCAACUGUGCACGAACGAGAUAGGCGGAUUCAGGUGCGACUGUAAAAUUGGAUUCAUCCUGGAUGCCGUGACGAACGCGUGUGUCGAUAUCAACGAGUGCCAGGUCAACGCGCAUGAGUGCCUGGAGUCGCAACGGUGUGACAACACCAUCGGAUCGUACACCUGCAUCCGGCUGCAAAGUUGUGGCACCGGGUACACCCUCAAUGCGGAAACGGGCAACUGUGACGAUGACGACGAGUGUGCCCUCGGACGGCACAACUGCCGGCAUCCGUUUGUGUGCUACAACACCAAGGGCUCGUUCCGGUGUCGCCAGCAGUCCCGCUACGCGCCCUACGCAACAAGCACGUCGACAUCGACCAGCACUACGACCACCACCACUGCCCGGCCGCACCGGUACGGGCCCGAGCAGUAUCCGACCUUGCGCUACUCCUCCUACACGCCCUACCUGCCACCGUGCGGGAUCGGCUUCGAACGGAACAGUCUGGGAGCGUGCGUCGAUAUUAACGAGUGUGCCGACGAACAGCGGUGCCUUCGGCAUCAGCAGUGUAUCAACACGAACGGAUCGUUCCGCUGCCGGGACUUGCUGACCUGUCCCGUAGGAUUCCGGCCCAACGAUGAUGCCACAGAGUGCUUGGAUAUCGACGAGUGCGCUACCGGUGUGGCGCAGUGUGGACCAGAUCAGACCUGCAAGAACAAACAGGGUGGGUACGUGUGCGUGUGUCCUCCAGGCCACAUGAUCGGGCAGCACCAGCGCUGCGAGGACGUGGACGAGUGCGCGAUGCACGGCACUAAGGUCUGCCAUCAUAACUCGCGUUGCACCAACACGAUCGGGUCGUUCCGGUGUGAGUGCAAGGAGGGCUUCAAGAAGCAGGGUUCCAGCGACAUCGUCUGCACGGAUGUGGACGAGUGUGCCGAUAUACCUGGUCUCUGCCAUCAGCGGUGCCUCAACUACUGGGGCUCGUACCGGUGUGGCUGCAACCCUGGCUACCGACUAAGCUACAACAACCGGACCUGCGACGACGUGGACGAGUGCGAGGAGUACAAGUCCGCCAACCUGUGCGUGGGCACCUGUGAGAACACACCCGGAUCGUAUGCGUGCCGCUGUCCUCACGGCUACAAGCUGGGUGCCGAUAGUCGGAGCUGCUUCGACAUUGACGAGUGCCAGUCACGCGAUGUGUGCAACGGGCGCCACGAAAUGUGCACCAACAUUGGUGGAAGCUACCGGUGCACGCGCAUCGAGUGUCCUUACGGCUACCGACACGAUGCUGACAGGCGGAACCGUUGUGAGCGUAUCAACCGGUACUGCAAUGUGGGCGAUGCGGAGUGUCUGCGCCAGCCGCUCUCCUACACGCACAACUUCCUCACGAUCGUUUCGAACAUCCCGAUCCCACCGGAGGGCCGCGGCCUGUUCACGCUGACCGGUCCGGAGGAGUACGAGAUGAUUGAUUUCGACCUGAAGCUCGUCACGGUGGAUGCUGCCCCGCACGUUCGGCCGGUGGAUCUCAAUUACUUCAGCCUCGACAAGAAAACGAACGAAGCUCAGGUGAAUCUGAAGAAAAGCAUCGAGGGACCGCAAGACAUCGAGCUCGAGCUUAGUGUGUCCGUCUUCCGGAACGGCCAUCUGUACGGAAACAACGUGGCGAAGCUGUUUCUGAUGAUAUCGGCCCAUGAGUACUAAGCGCCAGCAGUUGACCCGCGGGUCAUGCAGCAGAGUUCAAUAGCGGUAGCCUUAGGUUACUCUCCAGUUCACUUUUUGGAGAACUUUUCCGAUUAGAGUGCUCUUAUGGUGACAUUAGGUCAAUCCAGGCUUUCGAUUUGUACUUAAACCGUCGUGCUGCUAAUCAACAGCCGCGGUAAAACGCUACAGCAAUGAAGGAUGAAUAAAUUGAAGUGCACCCCUU